AUGCUCGUCUCACACGUCAAGAUUGUCAUCCUCGUAGCUGGAGCUGCUCAACUUGCUCGCGCUCAUACCGCUUUCACUAACUUCUUCGUCGAUGGGGUUGACCAGGGUGAUGGCACUGCUGUCCGCAUGAGCAAUAACAUCCAGCAGGCGACCUUUCCGCUCAGCAGCGUUACUAGCCCUGAUAUGGCCUGUGGUGUCAAUGGCGAGACUGGCGUGUCUCGUGUCGCCAGCGUCAACGCAGGCGAUACUCUCGCGUUCGAAUGGCGCGAUUGGCCCGAUGCUUCUCAGCCAGGAUCUAUUGAUCCUAGUCACAAAGGUCCGUGCGCGGUCUAUAUGAAGAAAGUCGACAACUCCGCUGCUUCCAACAAUGCCGCCGGAGAUGGCUGGUUCAAAAUCAUGGAAGACGGCUACGAUAGCACCGCUGGCAAGUGGUGCACUGAAAAGCUCAUCCCUAAUGACGGGCAUCUCGCUGCUACUAUCCCCCAUGAUCUCGCCGGCGGUUACUACCUUGUUCGUCCAGAACUUCUGGCUUUGCAACAAGCAGACAAGACACCAGCCGAUCCCCAAUUUUACGUUGGCUGCGCGCAGAUCUUCCUGUCGUCCAGCGGUUCCGCGGACCCUCUCAAUACCGUUUCAAUUCCUGGAUACAUCAAUAUGAGCACGCCAGCCAUGACCUUCAACAUUUACGACCAGCCCAUGAAGCUACCAUUUCCUGAUUUCGGUCCACCUCUGUAUACAGCUGGUAGCUCCAAGCGUGAUCUCGAAGCUCGUGCGAUGGUCCAGACGAUUGGCCUCAAGCCAGACGCAUGUGUGAUGGAAAAUGUCAAUUGGUGUGGCUUCAUACCUUCUUCCUACACUAAUGAAACUGGCUGUUACGCUGCAUCCCAGAAUUGCUCUGUCCAGGCUACCGAUUGCUACAACUCUGCCGGACCCACGGGUAGCAAGAAUUGCUUCAAUUGGGAAAAUUUCUGCACACAGAUUCGCAACGGUUGCGGUGCAGGUAAUUACAACGGACCGCCCUCUAUUUCCAGCUUCAUGCCCGCACCCCUGCCGAAACUCGACUUGGCAGCGGUCGUUGCUGCGAGUGGCCCCAUGGCUAUCUCUAAUUCAGCACCCAUAGAAGCUUCCUCCACUGUCUCAAUGGAGGCAUACGAUUCUGCAACGACUGCUAUGCCUGCACCUGCGGCAAUGGCGGUGGGACCUGCAAGACAGGGAUGUGUUGUUCUUCUCAUGGAUACUGCGGUACGGCUGAGAAUUACUGUGGCUCGGGGUGUCAGUCUCAAUUCGGCAACUGCUCUGGAACCACAAAGCGCAAGCGCUGGCACAUGCGACAGCACGGACACAUCUUUCGUAGUCGCGGACUUCAUCUCUGAGGUUGGGAAGAUUCAAGAGAUUUGA